UGGAGGGACAAGUGGCUGGAACAGUGUUGCAUUGAGUUUGAUAGUUUGAUUUUGUUAAGGACCCCAAAGAAAGAGAGAGAAAAAGAAAGAAAGAAAGAAAGAAAGAAAGAUGGGGUAUUGGAAAUCCAAGGUGCUUCCAAAGAUCAAGAAGGUUUUUGAUAAGAAUAGCACCAAGAAAUCUGGUGCUGCUGAAGCUUCCAAGUUAUUUGAUGACUCCAAGGAGGAAUACAACAAAGCGUUUGAAGAAAAGAAGACUGAACUUCAAACAAAAGUAACUGAAGUAUAUGAGGCUUCGUCAGCUGAAGUGAAGAGUUUGGUAAAAGAACCUAAUGAAGCAGGAUUAAAGAAGAAUUCCACAUCAGUUCAAAAGUUCCUAGAAGAGCUUGUUAAAAUUGAUUUCCCUGGAUCAAAGCCAGUGAGUGAAGCAUGUUCCAAGUUUGGACCAGCCUUGGUUCCAGGCCCAGUUUCCUUUGUGUUUGAGAAAGUUUCCACUUUCAUAGUCACUGAAGAGAAAGUUGAGGAUGCCCCUCCUACUACUACAACAGAAGAAACAAGUGGUGUCAAAGAGAGGGAAAUUGUGGUUGAAGAAGAAGGAAAAGAAAAGAAGAAGGAAGAGGCAGAGGAGAAAACUGAAUCAGUAGAUCCACCAUCAUCAUCUGCACCAGAAACAGUUGAGGAAAAAUCGGCUGAAGAAGUUGCAAAAGAAGAAGAGAAACCUGCUGAAGCAGCAGCAGCAACAACUUCAGCUGAGAAAACUGCAGAAGAACCACCAAAACCUUGACGAAUUUCCGUUAUUUCAAUCUUACAUAUAUCAUCACCAUAUAUAUCUAUAUGUGUGUGUAUUAUUAGUAUAGUAGUGUGCAUAAACACUCAAAUAUUUGUUUGUUACACACCAUUAUUAUUCUCUUAUAUUCUUUAAAUUUUGUAUCUCUAUGUAAUUCACUUGGGUUUGUUCAUUGUUAUUAAUUUUUUGUAUAAUGGAUAUGUGUUUGUUAAUUAAUGUAAAUGUGAAUGCUCGUUAUUGGUGCAUCAUUUUGUAAUAUUGAUUGUGUAUUUUUUUUUUUCAGUUUUUAAGGAAGCGAAGUGAGGUGGGUCUUUUUGGUUCAUUAAUAAAUCCUACCUGUCUCUGUCGUUCUUUUUUC